ACGAAUCAACAACACCUGAAAAAAAAUAAGAAAAAUUAAAAAAAAAAUGAGUUUAAAUAAUAAUGAUGGAUCUCAUCCAUCAUAUCAACUUACCACAAAAUCCGUCGGACGUCAAUUAUCGCGAGCACCACGUUUAAAAUUAAUGACCAAUGUUGAGGCACAAACUCGAUUGCAGCUCCAAAGACGUCGAUUUUCGGAUGAUCUACGACUGGAAUGUUUUCAAAGGAAUUUGAAUCCUCGAACUUUAAGAGUAACUCCAAUGUCUUUAACAACGAUACAGGAUAUGUCUCCUCAAGCUUCAGCUAAUAAUACCAAUACAGGUCCUGAUUUCAAUUUAAGACGAGUUUCAUCAUUGAGAGAUCCUGAAGAUGAUAAAUACCUUAAAUCAAAGAUGACUAAAAAAUACCUUUCCACUGUUUAUGCGCUUUGUUAUUGCAUCUUCAUAAUUGUCUUUUCACUUUUAAUCUUCAUCGGAGAUGCUGUUAUUGGAUUGAAUCCUGUUCCGGAAAUCUACUGUUUAUUACUUCUCUGUGUUAGUUUCGUUUAUUUGAUAUUUCUGUUCAUCCGAGUGCGUCAACAUGUCUUACUGAUCAAAAAAAUCGCAAAGACCAAAGAAGAUCGGCAUUUGGAGUUUGAGAAACGUCUAUCGGAAAUCACCAUGGAUGCGAUUCAGAAUGGAAAACCAAUCAAUGAUGUUAAUAUUGAGUUUCCAGACUAUUCAAACAUCGAAGAAGAGAAAGAAGAGCACAAUUAUUGCUUCGUUACUGGAAGACAUGGAGAAUUCUUUUACCUGAAAAUUGGAGCUGCAUGGUUUUGUUUAGGGUUGACGAUCCAUUCGACGUUAUUUGUGUGCUACCAUACACUUUUCCUGCUAUCAGACGAUCCACUUUUGAUCAAAUGCUCUUCCAUUACAACUCUGAUGCUCGAGAUCCUGUUUCCACUUCAUGCGAUUUUCAAUCUUUUCUUCAUUUUCAAGUAUUGUAACUUGAUAAUCAAUGAGUUUCGUGGAUUAGCUCGGUUUGGACUGAUGCACAGCAUUGGGACAGCAAUGUCCUUUUGGAUCUAUACAAUUGUCCGGGAGACAACUGAUGCCAUUUACAUCAAGGAACAUAAGAAAAGUGGCAGUUUUUGGAUUGAAAAUGAAUUGAAUGUGACAGAUCCGCGUGAAGGUGUUCCAAUUAUCGCUUGUCCUGGACCAGAAGCAUUAAAUACUGUAUUUGAACAUUUUUCGCCUUAUUUGUAUCCAUUUAUAAUUGAGUUUAGCAUCUUAAUGGCUGGCAUUUUCUACAUGAUGUGGUCUAAUAUCAGCAAAUGCCCGAGAAAAGAUGAAACAAAUGAAGAGUUUUUUGAAUUUCAUGAUUUAGUUCCGACACCUCAUACGCCGCUAGAUGAGCCAAGAACGUCGAGAAGUUAUUCGGGAGUUACACAGCGACAAAGGAGUUUGCAUGAAACGCAUAGUCAAGGCAAUAAUGUCAUUUACUUGGAUUGUCAGGGCGCGAAUCGAGGAGUUUUUGCCGCGAUGCUUCUCAUUGUUGCCACAGUCGUUACCAUUAUCUUACUCUUCAUUGCCGUGAGUGAAAAAAAAUACGAAGAUAUCGGUCUCGCCAUCAGCUCAAUCUAUGAAAUUAUUGUCCUGAGUACGAUGUUGACCACGACAAUACUGGCCUACUUUCAAACCUCGAAGCUUGAUAUCGUGCAUCAUAAAGUUUCGUAUCUUGACGAUGUUUUACUUUUUAUUGCAGUGCCAGCUUUCAUGUCUCUUACCAUUUUGACUCUCAUACCGGCGAUAAAGAACGCUACGUAUCUCACAACAAUCUCGUCAUUGCUGGAUCUGAGUCAGAUUCUGGUGCAAACGCCCUGGCUUAUCGAUGGAUUGCGACGUUGUGCUAAUACAGUCGAAAAUAAACGAAAUAAACCUGGAAGAGCACUUGUUACGUUUCUAAUUGGCGCCAAUUUGACAUUGUGGUUCUUUCAUACGUUUCAUGUGAAAAAUGUAGCUUCCAGAGAUGAACGCUAUGACUUUUACGGCGAUGUGCCUUGGACUAUUUUGAGUCAUUUGAUGACGCCGUUGAUUAUGUUCUACAGAUUUCAUUCGUCCGUGUGUUUAGUGGAUAUUUGGAAAAACUCAUAUGAACCAAAUUCGCAUUGAAAUGUGGAAGAUCUUUCGACCAUCGCAGUAUUAAUAUCGGUUAGUUAGUUUUUAUCUUAGAUCUUCGAAACAUUAGGAAAGAAGUACAUUGAGUCUCUGAAGAUCAAUUUUUGUAGAAUUUCUUAAUAAAUUUUGAAAAU